UUAAAAAAUUGUCGUCCGUGGUUGGUUGAAUUUUCAAUUAGAAAAACAAAAAAAAAAAUAAAAUAAAAUGAUAACUAAAAACGAUAACAAUAUAUUUGUGCCGGCACAUCUAAAUGAAGAGUUUUUCGUUAAUGCUUUAGAAGAGGGUUUACGUGAAGUGAAAGUGAAUAUAUAUGAAAUUAAUUUCACCUGGGGCAGCAAUCCUGGCGAUAACUAUUGCUCUAGCAUUUAUCGGGUUUUAAUUGAUUUCGAUACCUCAUUGGAUCAGGAAGAGCCCCAAGAGAAACAACAAAUUUCCUUGAUUGUCAAAACUAUACCGAUUACACCGGAAACCCAAUUUCUAGAGGAUGUGGGUGUAUUUGUUAAGGAAAAACUAACCUAUUGGGAUGUUUUACCACGUUUGGCCAUUUUAAGUAAUGGCGAUAAAUUUGGUGCAAAUUGUUUUUAUGCCACCAAAUCACCUGUGCAAACAAUUGUGUUCAAUGAUCUUAAAGUAGAUGGCUUUACAGUGGCUUCACGUCAAGAUGGUUUAGAUUGGAAUCAUUCGGUGAUGAUUUUGGACAAAUUGGCCAAAUUUCAUGCGACUUCAAUGGUGUUGGCAAAAAAGGAUCCCGCCAUAACCAAACGUCUUCAGAAGGGUAUGUUGUGUGAGGAAACUGUCUUGAAAACCGAUACAUUCCUACAAAUGUUUGGUGGCUAUUUGGGACAAUUGGUUAAGUCUUCCAGUACAUGGCCCGGUUAUGAGAAUAUCUCUAGUAAAUUGCAAAAAUAUUACCAAAACUUUAAACAAAUAACCCACAAACUGGCCAAAGCUAAUGAAGGUGAUCGCUUUGUUGUACUCAAUCAUGGCGAUAUGUGGACCAAUAACUUUAUGUACACCUAUGAAGAUGAAAGUGAUUUAAACAAGCCCACCAAAGUUAUAUUUGUUGAUUUCCAACUAAGUUUCUAUGGCAGUCCCGGUUGUGAUUUGAAUUUCUUUUUGAAUACCAGUGUUCAAUUGGACAUUUUGAAAACAAAACGUAAUGACUUAAUAGAAAUCUACUAUAAAAGCUUCUCCGAAUGUUUGGAUUAUAUGCGUUAUGAGAAUAUACCCUCUUUGGAGGACUUGAAAUAUGAGUUAAGAUCAAGAGAAUUGUAUGGUUUAUUUGCUCUGUUUGGUUUUCUGCCCAUGGUAACACUGCCAAAAGAACUUUCGGGGGAUACCAGCAUUGAAGCGUUCACCAAUGAGGAAUACAAGAAUAAAAAAUUGGAAUCUAUAUUUGCCCGAGAUGAAUUGACAAAUCAUUUGAAAUACAGUCUUAAACGUUUUGAGGAAUUGGGUGUUUUAGAUGAAUUUUAGUUUUAAGCAAAAUUAAAAGAAAAUGUAAAAUUUUGCAAUAUAAAUAUUAAUUUAUAGUAGUGAUGUGUAGAAAGUACAAAAUAAAAGUAGUUUAAAGUUUA